AUGAACGAAACUUCUACGACACCGCGCCACCCGUGUGGAAUGGUACCACCUGUUCCACACUUCGCCGCUGCAAACUCAUUGGCACCCCCUCACUUACCUCCGAACACCUCUCUCCCCUCGGCUGCCUGUCCACCGCAUCCAGUGGUCAUGCUGCAGUGGAUGCGGUCACUACUUGUGUCCACUCAGCCGCCGCCACCACCACCGCCGCCGCCAGUCAAGCCACCCUUCCCUUAUGUCGCCGAAGCUCUUCAGCUGGAAGACAUCCUGAACACCUCGAAGGCAGGUCCUCUCAUCCCCGGGCCGGCUUCGACCAUCCCUUUGGCUCCACCAGCGAACCCGUUUCCUUACGAUGGACUUGAUUGGGAACAUUCAGCUCAGGAGGAAUCUGAACAGGUGAGACGACUCCGGCAGGCCAACUAUACCGGACACUUGGACGCGCAGACAAUCAAAAUGUACCAAAAUUUCAGGUAUUCAAUGAAAGUGAGCGGCCACGGAGCACCACGACGCAAAAACACCACCCGCGAGACCACGGGACUCCUCAAAGCCUGGCUAAAUGAACACCGGAAAAACCCCUAUCCAAAUAAGAGUGAGAAGAUAAUGCUGGCUGUGAUUACGAAAAUGAGCCUAACCCAGGUCUCUACGUGGUUUGCUAACGCGAGACGGCGUCUGAAGAAGGAGAACAAGGCAACUUGGAGCCUUGCUUUGGAACAGCCCUUUCCCGAACUUGACGAGGACUUUCCAGGCACCUCUGAUGAGAUCCACAAAUCUGGCAGGUUUUCGCCACCGAAUUUGGUUGCUGGUUGCGAGGAGACAACCACCAGUGAGAUUUCGCAGACAAAACGACCUGGAAAAAUCUGGUCGGUGGUCGAGAUGACUGGGGAACACUAG